AUGUUGGGUGCUCCAUCUUGUUCCCACUUGCUCCAUAUGAUUGAUUGCUUUGUAGCUUUUCUUCUUGUGCUUAUCACCCUUUCUUCCCUUCCAUCAACAGUUGAACCACUAUUCUUCAACAUAACAAACUUCAAUGAUGCUGGAAGCAGCAUGUUAUAUGAAGGUGAUGGCAUGGCAAGCAACGGAUCCAUAGACUUAAACAAAGUGAGUUAUCUUUUCCGAGUUGGUAGAGCUAUAUAUGGAGAACCCUUGCACCUGUGGGACUCAUCUUCUAAAGUUCUCACAGAUUUCACCACUAGUUUCACAUUCAUUAUUGACAAGGUGAAUGAUACCUCAUAUGGUGAUGGCUUUGCCUUUUACUUGGCACCUCUUGGGUACCAGAUUCCUCCAAACUCAGCAGGUGGCACUUUUGCACUAUUCAAUGCCACCACCAAUAGCAACUUACCCCAAAACCAUGUUUUUGCUGUUGAGUUUGAUACCUUCAUAGGUUCAACUGACCCACCAAUGAAACAUGUGGGGAUUGAUGAUAACUCUCUCACAUCUGUGGCUUUUGCCAUGUUUGAUAUUGACAACAACAUUGGGAACCCUUGUCAUGCUUUGAUUACUUACACUGCUUCCACCAACACUCUUGCUGUGUCUUGGUACUUCAAUGGAAACACAAGCAAAAACACAAGCAUAAAUUCUUCUCUUUCUUACCAGGUUGACUUCAUGAAGAUUCUACCAGAGUGGGUGAAUGUUGGGUUUUCAGCUUCAACUGGCCUUUCCACAGAACGAAAUGUUAUACAGUCUUGGAAGUUUAGCUCAACUUUGAACUCCACUGGUGUGAACAGAACAAACAAGAAGUCCAACACAGUUGUGCUAGUUGUUGCUGUGAUUUGUCCAGUGAUUUUGGUGCUCUUGGUGGCUAGUUUUGCUUAUUGGCUAAUCCUGAAGAAGAGAAGAAGAACCAACGUUGAUGGUGAUAUUGAUGAGUAUGGAUCCACCUCGGUGAUUUUUGAUUUGGAUAAAGCAACUAUACCUAGAAGAUUUGAUUACCGAGAGUUAGUUGCAGCCACCAAUGAUUUUGCAGAUGAUAGAAGGCUAGGAAGAGGAGGGUCAGGACAAGUUUACAAAGGGGUUCUGAGUUAUCUAGGAAGAGUUGUUGCUGUGAAAAGGAUCUUUGGUGACUUUGAGAAUUCAGAGAGAGUGUUCACCAAUGAGGUUAGGAUCAUAAGCCGUCUUAUACAUAGAAACUUGGUCCAAUUCAUAGGGUGGUGCCAAGAGCAAGGAGAGUUGUUACUUGUUUUUGAGUACAUGCCUAAUGGAAGCCUUGACACACAUCUCUUUGGGAACAAGAAAACUUUAGUAUGGGAUGUGAGGUACAAGGUAGCAUUAGGAGUGGCCACAGCACUUCGUUAUCUUCAUGAGGAUGCAGAGCAGUGUGUUCUUCAUAGAGAUAUUAAGUCAGCUAAUGUGUUAUUGGACACAGAUUUCAGCACCAAGCUUGGAGAUUUUGGGAUGGCAAAGUUGGUGGAUCCAAGGUUGAGGACUCAGAGGACAGGGGUAGUUGGGACAUAUGGGUAUCUGGCACCAGAAUACAUCAAUGGAGGGAGGGCUAGUAAAGAAUCAGACAUGUAUAGUUUUGGUGUUGUGGCUCUCGAGCUUGCAAGUGGAAGGAGGACUUAUCAAGAUGGAGAGUUUCAUGUGCCUCUGAUGAAUUGGGCAUGGCAACUCUAUGUGGAAGGGAAUAUUCUUGAUGCUGCUGAUGAUGGAUUGGAUAAAGUGUUUGAUGUGAAUGAAAUGACAAGCUUGCUCAUUGUGGGGCUAUGGUGUACCAAUCCAAAUGAGAAGGAAAGGCCUAAGGCAGCACAGGUAAUAAGGGUUCUUCAGCUUGAAGCUCCAUUACCUGUGCUUCCACUUGAUAUGCAUGAUCGUCCUUCUCUUCCAAUGAUUAGGCAAUCCAUUUCUUCCUUACAAACACCACCCAUCACUAACAGCUUUAUUAGUGUUGGACGUUAA